AUGGAGCAGUGUGUGAAGUGUCCAGAAACUCACUAUGCUAACACAGACAAGAUCCACUGCUUACAGAAAACUGUGACAUUUCUGGCCUAUGAUGACACCUUGGGGAAGACACUCAGCUUCAUGUCCCUGGGAUUCUCCUCACUCACAGCUAUUGUUCUUGGGGUGUUUCUGAAGAACAGAGACACCCCCAUUGUCAAGGCCAAUAACCUGGCUCUCAGUUACACCCUGCUCAUCACUCUGACCCUCUGUUUCCUCUGUCCCUUGCUCUUCAUUGGCCGUCCUAGCACAGCCACCUGUGUCCUGCAGCAGAACACUUUUGGACUUCUCUUCACUGUGGCUCUUUCUACUGUGUUGGCCAAAACUAUCACUGUAGUUAUAGCCUUCAGGAUCACUGCUCCAGGAAGAGUUGGAAGAUGGCUGCUGAUGUCAAGGGCCCCUAAUUUCAUUAUUCCCUUAUGCACCCUGCUCCAAGUUUUUCUGUCUGGAAUUUGGCUGAUGACAUCUCCUCCAUUUAUUGAUAAAGAUGCUCACUCAGAACAUGGACACAUCAUCAUCAUUUGCAACAAAGGCUCAGCUAUUGCUUUCCAUUGCAUCCUGGGAUACUUGGGAGCACUGGCCCUAGGGAGCUACUUUAUGGCUUUCUUGUCCAGAAAUCUACCUGACACAUUCAAUGAAGCCAAGUUCCUGGCUUUCAGCAUGCUGGUCUUCUGCAGUGUCUGGAUCACCUUCCUCCCUGUCUACCACAGCACCAAGGGGAAGAUCAUGGUGGCUAUGGAAGUCUUCUCUAUCUUGGCUUCCAGUGCAUCGCUCUUAGGCAUCAUCUUUGUCCCCAAGUGCUACAUCAUAUUAUUAAGACCAGAAAGGAACUCACUUCAUUAUAUCAGGGACAAUACAUAUACUGGGAGAAAAAAAAAACCUUCUUGACACCUAGUUCCUGUACUUCUCAAAUUAAACAACACUUUUGAAGAUUGGUUGUCCUUCCCUGUCUGAACACAUACAUUCAAAGUUAUAAUUCGACAUUUGGUGCCAGGGGCUAUUAUUCCUCUAGGUAAUCGUAUCAACCUAAUCCUUUUUUUCAUGUUGAAAUAUAUGCUGUAUUUUUAGUCCUCCUCUUGUAUUCACUAUUACUUUUAUGUUAGUGAUUUAAAUUGCAAUGAAAUCCAAAUUUCGGAGUU